GUCAAAGUGCAAAAGCAACUAUUACGCAGAGAUGGCAUCCAAACGUGAAAGUAGAAGCGAAUCCGACUCAAGCUCGUCCGAAAUGACUGAUCAGAAAAAGAAGAAAGCGGUGAGAGUGUGGGUGGAUGGUUGCUAUGAUAUGGUUCACUUCGGUCACGCCAAUUCUUUGAGGCAAGCAAAAAAUUUAGGAGACUAUUUAAUGGUUGGUGUACAUAGUGAUGAGGAAGUUACUCGGCACAAAGGACCUCCGGUAAUGAAUGAGCAAGAACGAUACAGAAUGGUACGAGCUAUUAAAUGGGUGGAUGAAGUCAUAGAAGACGCCCCCUAUGUUACAACAUUAGAAACUUUAGAUAAAUACAAUUGUGAUUUCUGUGCACAUGGAGAUGAUAUUACAUGUGACGAAAAUGGCCAAGAUACAUAUCGGAUUGUGAAAUCGGCAGGUAGAUACAAAGAGUUUCCAAGAACUGCUGGUGUGUCAACUACUGAUAUUGUUGGGAGGAUGUUACUAAUGACAAAGACUCAUCACAAGCGGGGUGAAGAUGGCAAUAAUUCUGGUUUACCACGAGAAAAAGUGGAUGAAUUCAAAAAAACAGGACCGAGCAAGAAAAGUCCGUACACAGGAGUCUCACAGUUCCUUCCAACCACUUCCAAAAUUAUCCAGUUCUCAGAAGGGAGGGAGCCAAAACCAGGAGAGAAAAUAGUUUAUGUACCAGGAGCAUUUGAUCUUUUUCAUGUUGGACUUUUAGAUUUCUUGGAAAAAGCUCGUGAGCUUGGUGAAUAUAUUAUUGUAGGACUCCACACUGACCCUGUGGUGAAUAGAUACAAAGGCAGUAAUUAUCCUAUCAUGAAUCUCCAUGAAAGAGUUCUCAGUGUAUUGGCAUGCAGGCAUGUUGCAGAGGUAGUUAUUGGUGCUCCGUAUCAAGUGACCCCUGAGUUAUUAGAUCACUUUAAAGUGGAUUUAGUAUGCCAUGGUAUGACUCCAGUUAUGGCUGAUGUGAAUGGAUCCGACCCAUAUCAGGAACCAAAGGACAGAGGAAUUUUCAAACGGAUUAACAGUGGAAGUGCAAUGACCACUGAUAAGAUUGUGCAACGUAUAAUCCAACACAGGAGAUUGAGGACAACUUCAUCGUCAAUGCAGGGCGAAAUGCGAAUUCUUUUGUACGGAAGUCCACUACGUAGGACUAGUGCCAAACAAAUGAUAUAA